UAAAGGUACCAGUUUCAUAACAAAUAAUCGUAAAACAUGGCUGUAGCAGCAUGCACUCGUGUAAGUUUCAUUCAACAUUUUAGAUCGAGUCUUAACGUCUCUGUGAGGUAUAUGGCCAUGACACCCGAUAAAAAGCAACGUACAGAGUAUGUAAAAAAGAAAGUGGAUAGAAUGAUGGAAAGAUUAGAAAGGGAAAGGGAGGAAGCUCAAACACUUACCCAUGAAGGGUACACCGAAAUGGAUUCUACAGCAGAAUUGUUUGACACUUUCCAGCAUGAAAGAUAUGAAAGGAGGAGAAUGAAAAAGAAUAUCUUGGACAAAAAAUAUAACAGAAAUGCACCCGAAGCAAAUGUCUUAACGUGGCAUGCAAAACAACAGAUCAUUUACCUGUGUACUGAAGAAGGCUGGUCGACUCAGGAAAUAGCGGAAAGUUUUCCAAUCAAUGCAGGAAACGUCAUAAAACUUCUGAGACACAAAAACAGAAUAUUGACACCAUGGGAAAUUAAGGAUCAUGACAAGAAGGUUAUGCUAAAGUGGAAAAAAUUGCUAGAGGCGGGAAAGAAGCUAGGUAAAGGUCCCCUGGACCCAGAACUUAAACAGAUUGUGGAGAGUGAGAGAAUAAAGCUUAUCCAUAAUGCAGCAGGUGUAACAAAUUUACCAGUUCCACUGUCUAGACAAGAAGAGGAACAAGUGAACAACCAUUUGGAAUUUUAUACGUUUCACUAUGUUGACAAUGAAAAGAAGAAAAGUAAACCGAACAGUCGGUAUGAUGGCCAAUUUCUGAGACUGUAUAGAAUCUUCAAUAAACCUCUAAGUAAUGCUCCGCAAAAUUCUUCAGUUGCCAGUAUCACAGAGCAAACAACUCUCCCAGAGAAAGAAGCUGAAAAACUGAAACUUCUUCAAGCUUUAACUAGUAGUUAUGAAAAGGAAAAGAAAAAUGAACAUGAUGAUAUGGAGGAAUGUGAUGUUUUAUCAAAUAGAGAGUAUUCAAAUUUCGCCAACAGGGGAGGAAUUGAAGACAACAGUGAUCUUGAUGCAUUUGACAAUGAAUGGUUUGCACCUAAAAAUACUAGUGAUAAAAGUAAUCACUGAGUUGCUGUGCUUUCUCUUGAUUAAUCUGUAUCUAUAAGUUAGUGCAGUUUUAAAAAACAUGUACAUAUAACAGCAAAGUUGAAAUAUGAAACAGGGGUCAGGAAACAAAACAGAAUUAUAGUAUUAAAUGGAUGUGUGUAAAAUAUUGGAAAUAAAAUUAUUUUAAAAAGUUA